AUGUCAGCCUGUAUGUGGCAGGUGGCCCAGGAGCGAAAUGUAGACCAGUAUGACAAACUCGCUGAAUUCAUGACAUUGGUGACCGAGAUGGUCCCAGAGCUUCUGAACUACAAACAGAGGACUCAGUUGAUCCUGGGACUGAGAGCUCGACUCAUUCUUGAUUUGUUAAAGAGGAUGGAUGAGGUUGGCUGUAAAGCCGUCCAGGAUCAUCUUAACAGUUUCCAAAAGUGGACAACAAACUGCAUGCAUGAAGAGGACCAAGAUGGAGAGGUGGAAAUUUCAAAGUCAGCAUUUGUGGAGCUGGUUCAGACAUUGCUUGGUGAUCAAUCUCAAAAAGACAUUUUUUUCAAGGAAGUCUUCCAACUUCAGUAUGGAGUUCGUUUUGACACAGCGCUGCAGAUCCUGAUCUGGGAGUUCUUCUACCGACUGGAGGAGUUUCUCCCAGUACCAAGCUUUUCACAGGUAUUCUCUAUGUUUGACAUUUCUUCCAGUGACGACCAGCUUGUGCAGUUUGUUUCUGAUCAUGAAGAUCUGAAGAGAAUUUUGCAGCAUCAACAGGAGCGGCAAAAGUUGACUAAAAGCGAAUUCACCUUCACAUCAGACACUAUUCUCUCCACACUUAAAUCUAAACAGACUUCAGUGGCACCUGAAGACCAUAUUGAUCAAGAAAUACAUUGGGGAGGUGUAGACUGCAAACAAGACGCUGAAAAACCACAGGGAAGAGGUCAAAUAAAGUUAGAAGAGGAGACGCUGCAGGAAAUAAACCGCUGUAGCGUAGAAGACAUGUGUGAGGAUGAUGAAGAGACUUACGAGAGUUCCACUGAAACAAAUCCAAACUCUCAGCCGCAUGAGUUUGGACUGUCACCACUCUCGUCCUCUCCGUGUUCUGAUGGCGCUGAUGCUGCAGAUGACAGAGAAACAGCUGGGGAAGUUGCCUUCCAGUCACCCAGAUGCUCAGAAAACUCAGUGGAAGAAGUGAAGCAACUUCUGGAGAACACGGUCCAGUCCUCGACAGGAGGCAGACCCGAUGGCUCCCGUCCAUUAAGCAAGAACUCCAUAAGAGGCAAUAAAAACACCUGCCUGGAGUGUGGAAAGACUUUUUCAUCUUGUUCAGCCUUGAAAAACCAUUGUUUUGUUCACACUUCAGCACGGCCAUUCAAGUGCACUCAUUGCCACAACACAUAUAAAAGCCGUAAAGACCUGAAUCAACAUGUCCUUAAUCACUCUAAACCUAAAGUCUUGUCCUUCGCUUGCAAUUUUUGUGAGAAGAGAUUUAGUUCUCAGGGUUUGCUUACAGUUCACCUUCGACACCACACUGGAGAGAGGCCGUUUGCCUGUUCCUACUGUGACAAGAGAUUCCUGACAAAGUCAGUCUUGAAGUCACACGUGCGCAUCCACACUGGUGAGCGCCCAUACGCCUGCACUUUAUGCGACAAGAAAUUUACACAAUUGUAUCCACGCACUGUGCACCUUAGGAUGCAUAUGAAAGAGAAACCAUACCUGUGCAGCACAUGUGGUAUGUCUUUCUGCAGCUCUGGGGCCUUGCUGGUGCAUUCUCGCAGUCACACAGGGGAGCGGCCUUAUCGAUGCGAAGCCUGCGGAAAAGCUUUUGCCACAGCAGCACAACUGACACUACAUCGGAGAUCGCACACAGGAGAGAGGCCGUAUUCUUGUUCACAGUGUGACAAAUCGUUUCACAGUUGUUCAGGAUUGAAGAAACAUAUGAGGACACACACAGGAGAGAAACCUCACCAGUGUUUAACAUGUCACAAGACGUUCUCCCAAAAAUCCAACAUGAAAAUACAUCUCAAAGUCCACAAGAACAUCUAGUAUACUUUGGAGACAUGUUGUUAUCAUGUGAACUGUAUGUUAAGUGACUGAUGACAGCCUGGUUUAUUCCUAUGUUAGGAAAUGCUGUUUUGGUGCAGUUUCAUUUCAGUGAAUCACUUGUGUGUAUGUACGUAAAUAUGCACUUAGGAUACUCAGAUAUUACAUAUUGUAUGUACUGUAUGUAAACGCACCAUACAUUUUAGGAGACCAUUAUUAAAGAGCACAAUGUUUAGGGUUAAGGUUUUUGUAUUAUCUUUAGACUUGAGGUUAAGAAAAGCGUCUGGAUAGGGGAUAUAAGUCAACAAAACGUGCUGACAAAAUAUCCCAACAGUAACAGGUGGUUAUAUGUGUGAGAAAGUAACAGACAUGUGAACGUGUGUGACCCAAUUUAUUUAAAGAAUGUGAAUGAAUGGGUGUGUAUGUGCCAUUUUAAAUUUGUGACUUCCAAGGGUGAAAAUGUAACUCCCUUUAUUUGUGCCUUUUAUUGCUUAAAAGAAACUUCUGUCCAUAUGGUUUAUUUAUGACACUAAUAAAUGUGUGUACCAAAGA